UGACUCCCAUCUCUCCCACCUACCUCGGCCCUCCUCCCCGCCUCCUUCCCCUCCCUCUCUCCCGCACGCAUGCAUACAGACCGACAGGCUACGCGACCCCCCUCCCCCCCUUCCAUCAUUUUCCCAUCUCUUACUCACUCUCUUCCCUACAACAAACAUGGCCGCGAAAUCUGAUGGUGCUCCCGUCUCCCUGCGAAACGAAAUCCCACCCGAGUGUCCUCCCAGGUCAGACCCACGGCCUCCGCUGCGCGAUCACCCCGAGCAGCGCUACUCUCUCCCGGACUGCUGCUGGACGCUGUGCGCCCUUUUGGUUUUCUUCUCGGACGGGGCCUCAGACCUGUGGCUGGCCGCGGACUACUACCUUAGGAGGGACUACUGGUACUUUGCACUGACUCUGGUCUUUGUGAUAGUCCCGUCUUUGGUCGUGCAGGUGUUGAGCUUCCGAUGGUUCGCUUACGAUUUCACGCAGACCGUGGAGAGCGGCACGGCUGCGGCGGCCGUGGUGGCCGCGUCGGGAGCGGAGGAGAGCGACUUCAGCACCAAGGACAGCGGCGAGCGGGGCGCUGGCCGCAACGCCGCGGCCGGGGUGCUGCCUGGGCCGGGCACCGGGGGAGGAGCCCGGGGCUGCUGCAGGGUAUUCAUCUGGCUCCUCCAGGCCAUCAUUCACAUUUUUCAGCUGGCACAGGUCUGGAGGUAUGUCCACGCCCUCUACCUGGGCGUGCAGAGCCGCUGGCACAGAGAUGCCGAGCGCCGUCACUACUACUGGCGCAUGAUGUUCGAGAGCGCUGAUAUCAGCAUGCUGCGUCUGCUGGAGUCCUUCCUGAAGAGCGCCCCUCAGUUGGUGCUGCAGCUCAGCAUCAUGGUCCAGGCCAAAGAGGUGCUGCCCCUUCAGGGCCUUUCAGCUUCUGCCUCGCUGAUCUCCCUCGCCUGGAUGAUCGCCUCCUAUCAGAAAGUCCUAAGGGACUCCCGAGACGAUAAGCUACCGAUGACCUACAAGGCCGUCAUAGUUCAGAUUCUGUGGCACCUCUUCACCAUAGGGGCUCGCACUGUGGCCUUCGCCCUGUUCGCCUCAGUGUUCCAGCUUUACUUUGGCAUCUUCAUCGUAUCUCACUGGUGCAUCAUGACGUUUUGGAUCAUUCAGGGCGAAACAGACUUCUGCAUGUCCAAAUGGGAGGAGAUCAUCUACAACAUGAUGGUGGGCAUUGUGUAUGUGUUCUGCUGGUUCAGUGUGAAGGAGGGCCGCACUCGCUGCAGGAUGCUCAUCUACAUUUUGACUGUUUUUGUUGAGAACGUGGCGCUCACCACAGCCUGGUACCUGUACCGCGGCCCUCUUACCUCAGACUUCUACGCUGUCACCAUGGUGUGUGUGGUGGCCAGCAGCUACGCUCUGGGCACCUUCUUCAUGUUUGUUUAUUACUGUCUGCUGCACCCUGAUGGCCCAGUCUCAGGGUGGGGUUCCAUUGUGGAGAAGGAGGUGCCUUUGGAGGCUUUAGUGUCCCCAGCUUCCAGCCUCCCACCUGAUGUAGUGAGCAGCCCCCCCAGGACCCUUCAGAGAACUAAAGGGUCUGAGCAGGGGCCAGGGGUGGAUGGAGAUGUGUUUCAGGUACGACCCUCUCGGGGAACUCAGGCCCCAGUGACCAACCUCACACCCAGGACUGAGGGGCCUGUCAUUCGGAUAGACCUGCCAAGGAAGAAGUACCCCGCCUGGGACGCUCACUUCAUCGACCGCCGGCUGCGCAAAACCAUCCUCGUGCUGGAAAGCGCCGCCCCGGUCACGCCAAGGAUUCAGUACCGCUGUCUGAGCACACCCAAAGAAGUGAUGGAGUACGAGACCACCGUGUGAUGUGCUGACAGUGCUUUGACUCGGCUCGCUGCCAUGUUGACACCUUGCCUAAAAUAAAAAAAAAAGGCAGGUGGGUGACUCCCACCAAGCAGCCUGUUUCAGUUCCACGCCCACUUGAUUGCGCUCUGUACUCUGAGGCGGUGGGGACAAACAGGCAAAGAAAAAAUGGAGGUGUGGUGUCUUUGUUUUUCACACAAGGCAAAGUGCUGGGAUGUUGUCUAAUGAUGGUGCAUAUUUCAGUUUCUGUAUCAUUUCUCAGGUCAGGUUGUGGUACAGGAGGAGGUUGGUGUUAGCUGCAUUGCUCGCUGUUGAGUGAAUUUAGAGAGAAGCACAGAAAGGCAGACAAGUUGAGCUGCACAAUUUUCAAUCAGAGGCACAAAGUCCUCCUCAGUGACGGUGCUUCAGCACAUCCUCUUAAGGGGGUGGACAACAGAGACAAGCCUUCAACAUGCAUGAUUACUUAUGGCAGCUAGAGCCAACACAUCAUGGUUAAUAUUUAAAGAGUCACAGUGUCAUUUUAACACGUCUACAAUAAAUACAGUACAGGUACUGAGGAUCACGAUCAUAAUUUUCCAUAUCUAUUCACUCAUGUUGAAGAAGUCUCUGAGAAUGCUGCUUCAGGUCUAAAUGGUGGUUCAAAAGCAACAUUUGAGUUGAAUGUAAAAACAGUUGAAAAAUGUGAUUACUUGUGACAAGGCUUCAAGCAUUUUUACCCUGUUAGUGGGAUUUCCAACAUUCCUGUGGUAUUUGUUUUUUUAGGUAAGCUAGAACAAAACAAAAGAGAUUUGUGUGUGUUUACAAGCAGCCUGUUGUAUUUGGGACAUGCAAUCACAUUUGAAAUAAAGUACAUCUUCUGCAGAAUGUGUAUGUAAUGGAAAAACCGCUACAUUAUGAUUUGCAUUUCCAGGAUGAUCUCUACUGAUAGGACUCAACAGUUGUAUUUUCAUAACGCACCCAUUUUUCACAUGAAAAGAAACAGGACAGACAUGCAUUUCCAUGUGAAUUUAGUUGUACAAUUGAGUGGGAUUAACUGAGGACAGCACCGUCUGUAAUUGUACUGUGUCCAUACGAUGUUGUAUGAAAAAUGUUUAAAAAAAAAGAUUAGCUGCAGACUUCAGUCUGUACAGAAAGCUUUGAUAUUAUUGAUGGUGAAGGCAUGUGGUUCAUUAGGUAACACUUUAUUUUACAGGUCUGCUAUUUUCUUAUCAUUAUUUCAAAUCCUGCAUUGAAGGAAACAGAUAAAAUCCCCAUUUAGUUUUAAUAGUUAUAUAAAUCAUUGGUUUCUUUAGAUUAAAAAAGAUCUGUUAAUAUAAACCCAAGAAAUAAUUAAUUCAUUAUAAACUUUUUAUUUCAAUUUUUAUACUUCAUAAAGGUAAAUUACAUACAUGCAUGUGGACACAUUCCAAAUGUGUGCACAAGGUUGCAACAACUGAGCAUUAAUUAAAAUAGAUUAUUAGGUGGUCUACUGAUUGAGCAGUGUCUGUAUUUGAAGUUUAUUCGUGUCAAAGAAGGAACAUUUUGUAGAAUAAAACGACCAGUAAAAUUCAGUGUUACCAUUCUUUCUGCUGUCAGGGUUGCUUUUCUAUAGAAAACUCACAAAAGGGAAAUUUCUUAACUGUGUGUGUGUGUGUGUGUGUGUGUGUGUGUGUGUGUGUGUGUGUGUGUGUGUGUGUGUGUGUGUGUGUGUGUGUGUGUGUGUGUGUGUGUGUGUCUGUGUGUGUGAGCUCACACACUAGCAUGUGUUUGGAAGUAUGUUGGAGAGGAGGGGGAGUCCUGCCAUGUGCUUUUAAGUUAUUUAGAAAUUGUGACACUGAGACAGUUUUGUUAUAAACACUGUCCAGUCUGCUUGUUGUUGUUUUUUCCCCAGAUGACACUGGAAUAAAUGAAGAGCCCAAAUAGCACUGUUACAACACAAAGCCAGAGCGGCUUCAGCUAUGGUGCUAACUGUUUAAAACCACCAUGUAACAACCACACAGUGUACCAUCAAAUGGGCUUGUUGUGGCAGGAGAUGGGCGAGGCUGUACCUCAAACAUAAAGCUAGAAUCAAAAAGCCUUAAACUGGUCAUACCAGACUGUUGCUGUUCCAAGGAAGAAAAAAGGACUAACAAGAAGGUGAAGAAAAUGUCAUUAAGUUGUUGUUGCUAAAAUAAAGAGCAAUGUGUUUACCUGA